GCUGGCACCAGACUGACGCAUCAAUGGAGCGCUCCUUCCGUUCUCGACUUUUAUAUUAUACAAUGUUAGGAUUUCAAAUAAUAUAGUUACAAACCUUAUAAACGCACAAGACUGCACAUUGAUUACGUAUUUGACGUGAGGAUAUUGCAUCAAUUCCGUUUUGAAACUUUUCCCACCGUCCAUCCCCGCGCUCCCCUUUACGUCCACUCGCCCUGUCAUUUUUCUACCUUAAAGAUUGCUAUCGCUAACUGAAAUCUUCCUGUAUGGAUGGGAUUGACGCUGGGAGGAUGUCUCCCACUAUCCGAGCCCGUAGUCGGCCGCCGCAAGUGAUGCUAAACCAGAGGAAGAUCAAAGCGAGGAGGAAAAAACGAAAGGAGUUGUUUUGGGGGCAGCUGAGCUUCAUGGGGGUCUUGUUCAUGGUGGUGUCGGGAUUCUCCUGUCUGGCGAAACAUUCAGGGUACAACGCAUCGAGCUACACUACUGAGGACGACUCCAGAUGGGAGAGCCGGAGGCUGCUGUUUGAUCCGGACCAGAACGAAACGAAGAGCAAGAACUGCACCGAGCCAGCCCUGCACGAGUUCCCGACGGACAUCUUCACUCACGAGGAGCGGGCAGAAGGAGCGGUGGCCUUGCAUGUUCUGUGUACAGUAUACAUGUUCUACGCUCUGGCUCUGGUCUGUGAUGACUACUUUGUUCCCUCUCUGGAAAAGAUCUGUGAGCGUCUGGACCUCAGCGAGGACGUCGCCGGGGCGACCUUCAUGGCGGCGGGCAGUUCUGCCCCCGAGCUCUUCACCUCUGUCAUCGGAGUGUUCGUUACCAAGGGCGACGUGGGGGUGGGCACUAUCGUGGGCUCGGCCGUCUUCAACAUCCUCUGCAUCAUCGGCGUCUGCGGGAUCUUUGCCGGACAGGCGGUGCGGCUCUCCUACUGGGCCCUCCUCAGAGACUCCACGUUCUACAUCCUCUCCGUGGCUGCACUCAUCACGUUCAUCUAUGAUGAGAAAGUCUCCUGGUGGGAGUCUCUUGUCUUGAUUCUGAUGUACCUGGUUUACAUUCUCAUAAUGAAGAUCAAUGGCCCCAUGCAUCGCUACUUUGAGAGCCGAAAGAAGAGCUCGAUGAAUCUGACCAACGGCACCAUGAGUAACACUGAUCUGGAUGAGAACUGCGACGCCACCAUGGUGCUGCUCAAGAAAGCCACGUUCCACCGCAAGCCGUCCGUGCUGAUGGUGGACGAGCUGCUGUCGGCCUACCCCCACCAGCUGUCCUUCUCCGAGGCCGGCAUGCGCAUCAUGAUCACCAGCCACUUCUCCCCUCGAACCCGCCUCACCAUGGCCUCCCGCAUGAUCAUCACCGAGAGACAGCGUCUGAUUAACUGCAAGUCCUUCAUCAACGGGGACCCCGAGGUGACGGUGCGCAUCCCCAGCCGGAGGGCCCUGGAGAACGGGAUGAGCGCGGCCGAGAGGGGCCUCAACCGGCCCCGGGGCCGCCGCACGGAGGACGACGGCUGGGGCAUCAUCGCCGGGAACGAGACGGAGAACGAGGACGAGAACAACGACAACGACAAGGAGGAAGAGGAGGAGGAAGAGAGGGGGGGACCCUUUGUGCCCUUCCGCGCCCCAGCCGGGGUGUGUAACAAGGUGAAGUGGCUGCUGGCCUGGCCCCUCUGCCUGCUGCUGUACUUCACCGUGCCCGACUGCAGCAGCCCCCGCUGGGAGCGUUGCUUCAUGCUCAGCUUCUUCAACUCCACCAUGUGGAUCGCCGGCCUGUCCUACAUCAUGGUGUGGAUGGUGACGGUGAUCGGCUACACGCUGGCCAUCCCUGAUGUCAUCAUGGGCAUCACCUUCCUGGCAGCGGGCACCAGCGUCCCCGACUGCAUGGCCAGUCUCAUCGUGGCACGGCAAGGUAUGGGAGACAUGGCCGUCUCCAACUCCAUCGGGAGCAACGUGUUCGACAUCCUGGUGGGACUGGGCCUCCCCUGGGUGAUUCAGACCCUGGCCAUCGACUACGGCUCCUACGUUCAUCUGAACAGCAAGGGACUGAUCUUUUCUGUGGGGCUUCUCCUGGCCUCCGUAUUCCUCACAAUCCUGGGUGUGCACUUGAAUAAAUGGACUCUGGACCGGAAGCUGGGCGUGGUGUGCCUGCUCUUGUAUGCCGUGUUCCUCUGCAUCUCCGUCCUCAUAGAGUUUAACGUCUUCACCUUCGUCAACCUGCCCACGUGUCGCCACGACGACGUGGUCCACUAACUGCGCCCUGCGCCCUGCGCCCUGCGCCCUGCCCACUCCGUCCUUCCCCCCGUGCGUCUCCACUCCUCCGUGCGAAUGAGUGCUUUCCCCCUGUCCCUGGUGCAAUAUGGACAGAGAGCGAGCGACAGAGACAACUACUGCCUGCUGCGAUGUGGAACAAAACUAAAAUCUUUUUGAAUUUUGUAUGGUUGAAUCAAAACUGGAUUGUAAUUAUCAAUAGUAUCACUAUUAUAUUUUACAAGGAGAUUUAUUUUACUAGCUACUAAAUGACUAAGACAAAGCUGGACUGAUGAGAAUGCUAUUAUUAUUAUUAUUAUUAUUAUUAUUACUAUUAUUACUAUUAUUAUGAUUAUUACUGUUGUUGUUCUUAUGCAAAUUAUGAUUAUUAAGGGUAUUAACAUUACAAUUAUAGAGAGAGAGAGUGAGA